GACCCAAAAACGAGGAAAUUCAAGCUAGAUCAAGCUAAUAAUACAUACCCAAUUCUCGAAUUCUCGUUCUUAAUUUUGUUCUUACGAUCCGCUUCGUGAAUCGGAUCAUUUGGUGGAUUUAUUGUCCAUCAAAUUGGUGCUCUCGUUGAGAGUUCGAGAAUCAUACUCAGAGGAAAUCCUCCAUUAAGACGAUGGUGCAAACGCGCAGUAACGCCAAUGUAGGUACUAGAGCUCCCCAACAGGGGGAGAACAGCACCACUGGAGGUCGAAACCCUCCCAUCACCACCGGGGAGGCUGAGGCCCUCAUUCAGAGGGUUGGCAUCACGGCCGAACAAUUCAAAGAGGUGCUGGCUGCACUUGCGCCCAACCGCGAGGUUGUGGUGGAAGAUGUGGCUGGGGGACCCACAGGCGGGAAGGCUGGACCUACAGGCUCCCAAGGAAAAAAGAAAAAAGUAAGGCGGUCCCAGAAGAAGAAGGCGACCAAGCCUAACGGGAAGGCUGUGAUGGCUGAUACGCUUUCCAGGCUGGAAGAAGAGGACGACUCGUCCUCCUUCGAGCGAAUGUCUGCUUUUGACCGUUUGGGAGACCCCAAGUCAAAGAAGCCUCGGACCUCUGCGUUCGAGCGGCUGCAGGACACUCGCAAGUGGGGGGUGUUCCUGGGGUCUUUCCAGAUAGAGUUCAAGCCGCGACCGGCGAUAAAGGGGCAAGCAUUAGCAGAUUUCGUGGUAGAAUGCACCGCAAGAGAAGUAGGACCUAGCGGAGAGGAACCUGAAGGAAGUUGGUGGACUGUGUACACCAAUGGAUCGUCCGCGACUGAUGCUUCGGGGGGAGGAGUCGUGGCGAUAUCACCAGAAGGGUUCAAAGCUUACUACUCUGUGAGGUUCCGAUUUAAAGUCUCGAACAAUGAGGCCGAGUACGAGGCAUUACUUUGUGGCUUAAGGUUGGCAGCCUCAUUAAGAGCUGAACAGAUCCAAGUCCGGUGUGAUUCUAAGCUCGUAGUAGGCCACGUCAUUAGAGAGUUUGAGGCUAAGGAUGAACGAAUGAAGAAGUAUAGAGACACUGCCCUGGAGUUGCUUAAAGCAUUUGGGGCGUACCGGAUAGAGCAGGUCCCUCGGGAAGAGAACGCUGAGGCAGAUAUCUUGUCGAAACUUGGUCCGGAUUCCCCGGAUCAUAUUAAGGCAAUGACCCAAGAAGAAGAGUUGCUCGAGCCAAGCAUCAGUCCCGGCCAAGUGCUGAUCAUCGCACUCAAAGAAGAGCCGGAUUGGAUUGAUCAGAUUACCAUGUACAUCCUUGACGGGUCGCUACCUGCCGACCCAAUCGCGGCAAAGGUGGUGAAGCGAUGUGCACCCGGCUACACGCUGGAGUGCGGUCGUCUGUACAAGCGAUCAUAUAAUGGUACAUUGUUGAGGUGCUUAAGAGCGGGCGAGGCACAGAAGUUAAUGGAGGAAAUCCAUGAGGGAAUAUGCUCAGCACAUCAGGGAGCCUUCACGAUGUCCAGGAAGGUAACCCUACAAGGAUACUUUUGGCCAACGAUUAUUAGAGACUGUGCAGAGUAUGUGCGCAAAUGCAAGGUUUGCCAAGAGUUCCAAAGGGUGCCGGGGCGACCGGCGACGAAUUACACCCCGAUAAGUACGGCGAUUCCCUUUGCUCGUUGGGGCAUCGAUCUGGUCGGCAUUUUGCCUCGGGGGACAGGGAACAACACGUACCUGGUGGUCGCGAUCGACUACUUCACCAAGUGGGUCGAGGCCGCCCCCGUACCUACCAUCACUGCAGAACAGAUGACGAAGUUCGUUUCCAAGCAAAUUUUGUGUCGAUUUGGGGUGCCUCAGCAGAUCAUCACUGACAACGGAACCCAAUUCGAGGCCGGAGGGUUCAAUGAGUUUCUACAGAGUUGGGGCAUAAGUCACAGCUAUGCAGCGGUCGGGUACCCUCAAACCAAUGGACAGGUCGAGAACACCAAUCGCACCAUCAUGGACGGUCUCAAGAAGAAAAUAAUGGAAUGCAAAAGUGCCUGGGUGGAGGAAUUGCCCUACAUCUUGUGGACCUACAGGACUACCCCAAGGAAGGCCACAGGUGAAACUCCUUUCUCGCUCACAUAUGGAUUUGAAGCAAGGGCUCCAGCAGAGACCUCAUUGUUGAGCUAUAGAGUGGAGACGUUUGAUGCACAAGAGAAUGAGGAGAACUUGAGGGCAGAACUGCACCUCAGUUGGCGAGUGAUGGACAGGAGGGUGGCAUCAGGUGGAGGGCAUGGGAUGCGGCGGAAGGAAGGGCGCCCUGAACCCGUGAAAGGAGAUUCGGGCCCCGUCGAAACGAAGACAAAGAAAGGCUUCCAGUCUUUGGUUGAGCCCUUCUUGUCACUCGCAAAGAGUUUACUGGAUCUCUGGGAAAGGCUGGCAUAGGACGCCCAAUCCUUAUGGCCCUUGAUCUGAGAAAUCUAAUUCAGAUCUGUGAAGAAUUUUCUUCAAGUCUUCAAGUCUUCUUCCCACCUCUGAUUCUUCACCAGCUAGAACAAGAUGCUCGAAUUGAGUCUGAAAGGGUGCUCGCCAGAAUUAUGUCGUCGGAAUUUCUCCCUGAAGAUGCUGUGGGAUUGGCGCUGGAAUUUUUUCCGGAAUUUCUCGCAAGUCACCCGAAUCUGUGCUUGGUUAUCUGAUUGAAGAUGCCGGG